UUUCAAUUGGCCAUGCCCCAACAAACCGCCACCUGUGAUGCGCGGCUGGCCCACCUCGUGUACCGUGGCGUCAUGACGGGCGCGCUCUGGACCAUCUCGAUUGACGGCUACGAGCACCUCGCCCAGGUGCAGCGCGGCGCCGUGCCGCUGGACCUCAAGUCGCUGGCACGGGCGGCCGGGCGCAACGGCGGUGCGUUUGCCAUCUUCCUCGGCACCUUUGGCGGCGUCUCGUGCGCGGCCGAGAGCCUCCGCGGCGUGCGCGACUGGAAAAACACGUUUCUCGGCGGCUUCUCGGCCGGCCUCCUUCUGACGCACAAGGCGAAUCCGACCGCGCUCUCGUCGCUGCGGGCGACGCUGAUGACCGCGUCGAUCUGCGGCGCGUUCGCGUCUCUCUUUGGCGAGUUUUCCAACCCCGAGUAAGAAGCCAAUAGAACUAGCGUUAGUCGUAGCACGACUUCUCUUUUCGAAUGCAUCCACGGCCAUCCGAGAGAGGGUGACGGCUGUGUGGUCAUGGCUGCCACCCGCCGCCUCUCUGCUCUACUCC